CGCGACACGUCAGCACUUCUCACAUGCAUUUAAAAUCUAAUUACGGUCUCUCGUUUGGGCUUCGUCAAGGGCUUGGUUGUUUGUGCUUAGCUUAUGGUUACUUAUGUUGGGCUUUGUCUAAUUUUAGCCCAUUGCAACCACCCUUCUUCUUCUACGCCGCAUCGUGAAAUCCUAAUAUUUUCUUCAUCAUCAUAACACGAGAUCAAGUAACGGAAUCACGAUUUAUGUUCAAGCCAUAAACACAUCAUUUAAUCUCAGUAAAUUAUCCCCCCCCCCACCCCAACUACUCCUCAAUUCACCAGAACCUUCGAUCUCUUCGGAUUCUUCAGGAUUUGGAUCAUAUAAAUAGGCGUUCUUUAGGAGAUAUAUACAUUUGUAAGAGAAGUUGAUUGUGAACAAAUUCUUUCCUUGGCAGCGAUGCAACUGUGUGCGUCAGAGCUGAGCUAUUCCACAAGAGGCUGAAGGCUGGUGUUGUCCAACCUAAAGUGAUGGUGGCUACGAACAUCAAUCCUAUGUUUGUAGGAGGUAAGUAGUUUCAUAAUAUAUUUCGGGGAUUUCAUGUUUCGAUGUGUUGAUUUUUAUAUGAUAUGCAUGUCAUGUCGUCUUUAUCUCAGUGCUACCUCUGCAACUCAUUUUUAUUUUGACAAUGAGGUGGCAGCAAACAAGACUCUAUUUAAGCAGUAUUUAUCUGAUCUCUCACUCUUUAAAAAACGAUCUUUACACAUGGGUUUAUCCAGUUCUGAUAGUAAACAAUUUAUAGGUUGUCUUCCAAGCUCGAGAAUGACUCAACAAGUGGAAAUCAAUAUCGUGGUGUGAAGAAGCUGGAACCAGUUUUGCUUGGGGAGAUAAACAACUAUGUCCUGAAUUCACCCCUCAAUCCAACGCAGUCCAUCGAAUUCCUAUGCAAAGCCAUAAUUGGGGGGUUGGAGACUACCAACUAAUGGUGUUAUAUGUUAUGGCUAAGUGUUCCAAGAAGCUCCAACGAGGAAUAUCCUCUUUCACUUGCACAACAUAUUUUAAUGUCAGGCUGUUGGGGUUGUCAGGUUAUCUUUGCUCAUGGUUUUAGAUCAUCUUCAACUACAUAUAAACAUCUAUUUUUUGUACUUACUCAAUGUCUGGUUUUAAAACGUGAAUGGUUUUAAGUACCGUGUUGAGAUGCUGGUGGAGUCGGGUGAAGAUACAGAUGUGUUUGUUGCAUUCGACUCAGUUAUGUCUAACCUGACAGGUGUCAGGGCUGCAGAGGUUGCAAAUCCUAUGGGACAAGGAGAACAAGAUCCAAUAGGCUAUCAGCUCCCUCAGUUUCUCCAAGACAUUGUUGGGAAUACAUACAUAUUCCAUCUGAAGCUCACUGAAUUUAAUUUCUCUGGUAACCAUAAGUCCUUCACUGUUGCCAGAAUCUUUGAUCCCAAUGAUAGGAUACCAGGCCUUUCUUUCGCACCACAUGGGGGGGGGGGGAACCCUGAUGGUGAUAUGCAUGGAAAUAAAUGUGCUUCUUACAAGUUCCAUGUCGGUGGCUCCUCCGGCGUUAAUCCCAGUGAAGGAGGUGAGGAACUCAAGGAACUACAUGCUCCUGAGGAAACAAUAGCAAGCAGUGAGCAGCAGGAAACCAUUUCUGAGAAUGUUCAUGACAACAAACCAGGUUCACCUGAAGGGAAUCCACCGAAGAAGGCGCGAAAUGCGUAGAUCUUGAGUCAUUAGAUAUGAGGAACUAAGAAAUGUGUGGGCAUACGAUUUGUCUUUGGUACCUUAGUCUAUGUUAGGACAGUUGGUCCAUUAUCUAAUUUUAGUUUAAGUCAUUGUUUUUUCCCUGUUUCGUUGUUGUUUUUUCCAAUUUUCUUGACAUUUGAGGUUUUUAAUAUUUACUCUUGCGUUUUUUCUUUGUGAACCAA